AUUCAGUUUCAAUUUGGCCACCGGCUACGGCACACGCGGUUUUUGCUUUUAAAAUUUUAUUCGGUUCGGUGUUUAGAAUACAGUUGCGAUCACGGCGCGGCGUGAACGAUAAACAUGACAUCGACGAAAGAAUCGAAAAUCCCCGACUGGUUGAAUGAGCAGUUUUUUGAAGAUAUUUUUGUGGAAAAGCAUCAACUGCCUCAGGGAAGCUUCUCCGUUAAGAUCAAGGCCAUCAUUCCGACCGGGGGAGCUGGCGAAAAUUACACUUCAAUGCUGUACCGGGCCAAGGUGGACGCUGUUUGUGACGAUGGAUCCACCAAAACGUUGGCCCUGAUCAUCAAGGCAAUGUUCACGGCACCCGAAUUCAAGAUGUUCAGCGUGUUCAUCAAGGAGAAGCUCGCAUAUGAAACGCUUCUUCCAACGGUAUCGAAGCUUUGGGCCCAGGCGGGAGAGCAGAUACAGUUCGGCCCGCGCUGUUGGAAGUCCGUCGAUGGUGAGGCUGAAAUUCUGGUACUGGACGAUCUUUGCGCUGCUGGGUACGCUUGCGGCAAUCGGCAAAAGGGAGCCGAUUUGGCCCACGCUCACGUUAUGCUGAGCAAAUUGGCCAAGUUUCACGCCGCAACGGCCGUCGAUUAUCGAAAGAAUGGACCUAUCACGGAGCUAUACGACAAAGGAAUGGUUCAGGAAGAGGGUCGUGCAUUUUUCGGACAGUAUAUCAAGAUGAUCGUACCCGUUUUCCUCGAAACCUUCAACAGCUGGCCUGAAGGUGAAAAAUACAAGAAAAUAUACGAAAAAUCGAUGGAUGGUAUGUUCGAAAAACUCCUCGAGGCUACCCAAAAAGAUGAUGAAGGUUUCGUCUGCCUGUGUCAUGGAGAUGUCUGGACGAAUAACCAUAUGUACAGUCACACGGAAGCUGGAGAUGUUAAAGAUGCAUUGCUGAUCGACUUCCAGGGCCCCUUUUACGGUUCACCGAUCACGGAUCUGCUCUACUAUCUCAUAUCUUCGACGACGUUGGAGCUGAAAGCAACCAAGUUUGAUGAGCUGGUUCAAUUUUACCACCGAGAAUUGUCGGAAUCACUGAAGAAGCUGAAUUAUCCGAAAAAGAUUCCAACACUUCGUGACUUGAACAUAGAGCUCCUGAGGCGAGGGUACUUUGCGUUCCAGUGUACCUUCGGAAUUAUGCCCAUUGUGUUGGCCGAUAAGAGCGAAAAUGCCAAUUUUGCUGGAUUCGUUGGAGAGGCAGAAGAGAAUCAUCAAUUUCGGCACGAUGUCUACAACAAUCCGUUGUUUUUGGAGCAUUUAAGGGCGUUGAUUAAGUUGUUCGAUGUCAGGGGACUAUUGGAAUUUUAUUAAUUCAGAAGAGAAUCAUCAAUUUCGGCACGAUGUCUACAACAAUCCGUUGUUUUUGGAGCAUUUAAGGGCGUUGAUUAAGUUGUUCGAUGUCAGGGGACUAUUGGAAUUUUAUUAAUUCAUGCUGUUUAAGGAAAAUAAACUUUAUUGUGUUAUA